CGCUGCUUUCAGGCAUUGCGUAGGACAUACCCAUGGGGCCUGAAGGGGCCUUUUGCUAGCACCGGAACAGUUGCCGGAGAGUUCAACCGCCAGCUUAAGAGAUGCCGCCGAAGGGGAAAAGUGGUUCUGGAAAAGGAGGGAAAGGAGGUGCAGCCUCUGGGAGUGACAGUGCUGACAAGAAGUCUCAGGGUCCUAAAGGUGGUGGCAAUGCAGUAAAGGUCAGACACAUUCUGUGUGAAAAACAUGGGAAAAUCAUGGAAGCCAUGGAAAAGUUAAAGUCUGGGAUGAGAUUCAGUGAAGUGGCCACACAAUAUAGUGAAGAUAAAGCCAGACAAGGGGGUGACUUGGGUUGGAUGACCAGAGGAUCCAUGGUGGGGCCAUUCCAAGAAGCAGCGUUUGCCUUGCCUGUAAGUGGAAUGGAUAAGCCUGUGUUUACAGACCCACCAGUUAAGACAAAAUUUGGAUAUCAUAUUAUUAUGGUUGAAGGGAGAAAAUAAAAUCACAUGAAAGACUGAGUAAGUGUUUUAUAUUUUGUUGACCUCUUUUGAAGGUAU